AAGCAAGCGAUCUCAACACGAAAUGCUACUAAAGAUAGAGAAAACUCAGCAAGACAUGAAUGAAGGAUUAUAUUGCUGGUGUGGCCUUGAUGGUAUCAAAGAUGAGCGAAGGGUCUGAUUUGGGGUCCUGACGAAAUCUAACAAAUGUUUAGAAGGAGACGAUCGGAGAUGGGAUCACACACGCUUGACAUCCUGCGACAAGGCCUUUGGGCUUCCUUGACGGGCGGAUGGUUCUACGAUCCUCGCCAGGGAGUGUUUUGUAACACCUUCCAUCUAUAUUUAUGGAUGUUCCUCCUCAUAUUCCCAUUGAUCUUACAUUUGACACUGCCACCAUCUCUACUGCUGUGGUCUAUAUAUUGUUCUGUGAUAGCUCUUUUGUUCAUAUCCAUUAAGAUUGUCAACUAUUGUCUUCACCAUAUGUUUGAUACUGGAGAAAUUGUAGAGGAAUCAAAUGAAGAGACAAAAUCAGACAAGAUGGCUAGUAGUGGCUUGUCUGAGGAGCUGGGCAGCAAGAGAAGUCACAGCAAGCCGGGAGAUACCAUAGAAGGGAUAGAGCUGUCAGUGAUGAACCGUUCAAAUGAGUCAAGUGUCACACCACCUGUACAGUGUAGCUCCAGGACCUCUCUCACAGAAAAGGCAGUAGAGAAUAGGAAAUCUUCGGAUAGGGAAACAUCAGGCCAGGGCUCGAUGUCUAAAGGACAAAAUGGUUGUGAUGACAUCUUUGUUGAAAGAUGUAGAGAUACAGCAGCUGUAGACAGAACAGAUGUUGCCACCGAGUCCAGCAAUAGUGAUGCCAAUCGGGCUUCUAACACAUUGGUAACAACGGCUGAGAUUAAUGCUGAGUUGUCUGAGAGUGAACUGGGUGCCUGCGGGGGAGGCGGUGGGACAGAGAGGCCACUUAAGGAGGACAGUGAUUCCGAUCUCUCCCCAGGACACAGGAUAAAGCCAAGGAAGCACCGCCGAGCCGUCAGACGUACCAAAAGUGCCUUAGAGUCAAGUAACAUUGUGGAGAAGUCGUCACCAUCCACUGUCAGAAUGUCACUUCCCUUACGACAGCGGCCUAACCUGCUGGCUGUACAGGACGAUGAGUGUAACUCAGGGAGCAGGAACCAUGAUGCUGCUCUGCCUGGGGGAAGGGACUCGCACAAACAUAGCUCUGGGGAUAAGGCAAACAGGCCAGUUGUGGCCAGCGCUGAGUCCAGCCCGAAAUCACGAAGAGCUGAAAAGUUUGACCGUGUCAGGGCAAGGUUAAGAACACCGAGUACUAAAUCUUUAGAAAAAUUGAAAGACAAAGUGAGUGUGCAUGCGUGUAGUGUGCCUGAGCGUAUCUCCUCACACAUAGGUCACGAUGAAGAUGCGGCAGGGCAUGUAGAGAAAGCCUCCUCUCUGUACAUCACUCCUGGUCACAGACCCCCCAGCAUCUACCACACCCCUCAGUCCAGCAUCAGUGACCAGUCCGAUGUGAGUAUGGGAGAGGUGUGGACACUGGAGAGUAGUAACGGCAGUGAGAAGGAUAACACCCACAGCACAGUGGACAGUUCUCAGACCCCGAGUUUCUCCUCAUCUGAUGGCAUGAAUGUGUCACAUUCCAGCAACACUCUCACUGAACAUAACGCCAACUCAGCUCGCAAAAGCUUACCUGAUGGUAAAGACUUCAGUAUGUUAAGGCUGUCCACGUUCUUCAAAGGGGGAGGGGCAGGUGAGCAGUAUGUGAGUAAGACACCCCAAAGUCAAUCCCAGACCAGUGUGGUGGGUCUGGAUUGGCUGUUCAGUGACAGUGACUCUGUGACCUCAGGAGAAUGGCAUUCUGACACAAUGGACUCGUCCAGUACCCUGACAAAUGAAGAUAGUGCCAUGUUUGGGGAAUCAAGUGCAGAUCACAGGGUAGACUUUACCGCUGUUCAGUCCUCAAAGUACCACCAGCAAAAUACAGAGGAGAAACCAUCACAGCUGUCAGAGGAUAGGCCUUCAUCUAUGGGGGCCACAGCCAUGCUGGAGGUGGGAAGGGAGAUAAUCCUGGACAAAAGUCAGGGGGCCAUUCCUAAGACAACUCGACCACGUUUGCUGGAGGAUCAUUCUGAGGAGAAAGAGUCUGGUGAGAGUAAGGAAGGAACGAGCAGCCCCGUGUCUGACCUCUCAGACCCGGAGGACCUUCGCAGAAAAAUCUUUGAGAUUUUGAAUGAUCCACAUGAGCAUGCUAAACAGCUGAAGAAACUGAAAGCUGCCGUAGAUUCUAAAAAAUCGAGAGAAACAAGCCCAAAAGAUAAUGAAGGCAGUGGCUCCAAAUCAGAGGGUAACGUAGUAGGGGCUGAAUCUGCAACAUGUGGAAAGCUGGAGGAGCAGAAGAGCGAUAUGUCGCAUGUUGACGAAGAGGUUGCCGGAGCCACGGCAGCUGCCCUCACAGCAUACUCUCUUGAUAAAGGGGAACAAUCCUGUGAGUCAAAGGCUGCCACACCCACGGAGGUGUCUGCCCUGUUACCAUCCCAGCAGCAAACAUCAACCACUGAAAAGGAGAAACGUAGACCCAGGGGUCGUGAUAAUAAUCGUAGAGGUCGGCGUUUAGCGAUUGCACGACGCAGGAGGCCCCGUGAUAAUGACCCUCCCACUGCGUCCACCACAUUGGGCUCAAGCAUCUCAUCCUCUAUGUCCAUGUCUGCCUCUGCACUUAGCAGACACCUAGCGACAUCUCACGACGACACAACUGAAGGAGCAGUACACUGUUUCCAAGAUGAAAGAGGAAACUGGCUGACGUAUACCUUUGGAAAGGAGAGUUCUGGGAUGGCUGCAAGUGUACUGGAGGCUGACGAGGGCAUGGUGACAGAAAUACGCACCAAGGAUAAAUGGGAGGUGUCUACAUCGAGCAGUGGUUCAGGCUCUACUGUGAUACUCGAUUCUCCAAAGGUGGAAAUGCCAGAUAGAAUCGAGACAGGGAUCUCUGGAAUGCGGGAAAUCCAAUUGCCAGGUGCAGUAGGGAUGAGGCCUCUGGGUAGCCAGCUACAGACGUACAUGUCACUGCUGGAAGGCAACCAGAGUCGGGCUGGAGGCUCUGACUCCUCCACAGACUCGGACUUCACUCAUAAUAUGGCACACCUCGAUGACAAGCCAAAACAUUUCUACAAACUUAAGGUUUUACCCAAAGUCACUGUGAAGAUUCAUUUUGAUAGACUGGCACUGUUGGCAUUGUUAGAUAGGAAUAUGUCCGUGAUAGACACAUCCGCAGCUGUUCUACUGGCCAUUGGGGUUGGAGCCCUUGGGGCACUUCUACUCAGCCAAAAUUUUUUUCAAGAUAUCUGCAUAUUUUUAUUCUGUUCUAUCAUAGCAAGUUGUCAGUAUUCUUUAUUAAAGAGCGUUCAACCAGACGCUGCAUCACCAAUGCACGGUUUUAAUCGACUGAUAGCCUUUAGCCGUCCAUUUUACUUCUGCCUGUGUUGUGGGCUAGUGCUGGCACUGAACUACGCAGAAGAUUCUGUCACAGACACAAAAUACACAUUGUAUGGCAUGCCGUUUACUGCCAGAUCAUCAGUCAGGUUUGCAAGGGACUUGCUUAUAGUUUUUAUUUUAUGUUUUCCUGUUAUCUUCACUGUUGGUCUUCUUCCACAAGUUAAUACCUUCUUCAUCUACACAUUGGAACAAAUUGAAAUGCAUAUAUUUGGUGGAAAUGCCACUACCAGUCUAGUAGGGGCCACAUUUAGUGUAUUGCACAGUGUUUUAGCUGUAGCUCUGCUCUAUGGUUUCUGCUAUGGGGCUUUGAAGGAAGAAGAUUCUUCCCAGCAUGUGUUGUUUUCUGUGUUCAGUGGCCUCUUAGUCUCCAUGUCUUACCAUCUGAGCCGAAUGGCUUCUGAUCCAACUGUGAUAUGGUCUCUUAUCUGUGGUGUGAAGAAAGAAAAGCCAGAGAAGGAGACUGAGGAGACUCAGAAUGAGGCUAUUGACCCACUGCCAGGAAAACUCAGGAAGUGUGUGAGCAAGCGUCUACAGUCUGACCUGGUAGUUUGCUGUGUUGUGACCGUCCUAGUGUUUGCUGUACAUGUCAGUACAGUCUUCAGCAGCCCUGUACUACAGCCAUCAUUAAGCGAUGUGAUAUACUACAUGGCUGCAUCUGUGGGCUUCUGUAUACAUUAUGUGAUCCCUCAACUGAGGAAAGAAAUGCCAUGGUUGUGCUGUGCCCAUCCCGUGUUACCCAGCCACGAGAGAAGCUACUUUGAAGUUAAAGAUCCAGCAAAAGUGAUGUGGUUUGAGAAAAUGUACAUCUGGCUGAGGUUUCUAGAGAGGAAUGUCUUAUACACUGUUGUGUUUCUGUGUGCCAUAACCAGCUCAGCUCCACAGAUUGUCAACAAGUUUGGCUUAAAACUGGGGACUGGCAUUGUUGUUGUUUGUGGCAUGAAGUUAUUACGCAGUUCGUUUUCUGACACGCCUAAACAUUACCACAUCCUGGCGUUCACAGUCCUCUUCUUCAAGUUCGAUUUUCGCAACAGUGCAACAGAAACCUUUCUCAUUGACUACUUCUUCAUGGCCAUUCUGUAUCAAAAGUUUUAUGAUAUGGUGCUUAAGAUGAAGUUUGUGGUAACUUACAUUGCUCCCUGGCAGAUAACCUGGGGCUCAGCCUUCCAUGCCUUUGCUCAACCCUUUAGUGUACCUCACUCUGCCAUGCUGUUUGUACAGACCAUCAUUUCAUCCUUCUUUUCCACCCCACUUAACCCUUUCCUGGGCAGUGCCAUAUUUAUUACCUCCUAUAUACGACCUGUCAAGUUCUGGGAGCGGGACUACAACACAAAACGGGUUGACCAUUCUAACACCAGACUUUCAUCACAGUUAGAAAGAAAUCCAGGUUCAGAUGAUAAUAACCUCAACUCUAUAUUUUACGAACAUUUGACGCGGUCCCUGCAGCACAGCCUGUGUGGGGACCUGAUGAUGGGACGGUGGGGAAACGCCUCUCAGGGAGACUGCUUCAUCAUGGCCUCAGAUUACCUCAACGCUCUCGUCCACAUCAUCGAGAUGGGUAAUGGGCUUGUCACAUUCCAACUCCGUGGGCUCGAGUUCAGAGGGACAUAUUGCCAGCAGAGAGAAGUGGAAGCAAUCACGGAAGGAAUUGAUGAGGAUGAAGGUUUCUGCUGUUUUGAGCCUGGUCAUUUUCCUCAUUUCCUCUCACUGAAUGCAGCCUUCAACCAGCGGUGGCUAGCCUGGGAGGUGGUGGUCACUAAAUAUGUCCUGGAGGGCUACAGUAUAUCUGACAACAGCGCAGCCUCCAUGUUACAGGUGUUUGAUCUCCGCAAAGUCCUCAUCACAUACUAUAUUAAGAGCAUUAUAUAUUACACAGUUAGAUCUCCAAAGCUUGAGACAUGGCUCAGCACCCCGACUGUGAUAGAAGCGCUGACCCCAACUCUCGAUAAAUCCUAUGUUGAUCUUGACCUACUUUUCAACAUGCACGUUGAUGAUGACUUUGAUCGAAACCUGUCAGGGAUUUCUCGCCGCAGCUUCUGUGAGGUGUAUUUAGAGUGGAUACAACACUGCAGCAGUAGGAGAGAAAAGACAAUAGAUUCAAGUAGAGACUCCGCUUUAGUUUCUCUGUGUUACCUGCUCAGUCUACUGGGGCGCAGGGCUCUGGGUGCUGCCUCACUUAGUCAUGCCAAUGCCAGUGUGGAUUUCUUCCUUCAUGGUCUUCACUCACUGUUCAAAGGAGAUUUUAGGAUCACAUCUUCACGGGAUGAGUGGGUGUUUGCAGACAUGGAGUUAAUGAGAAGAGUUGUGGCCCCUGCCAUUCGCAUGUCACUCAAACUGCACCAGGACCAUUUCACAUCACCUGAUGAAUAUGAGAAUAACCGUGUGUUGUACGGAGCCAUCAGUCAGUAUGAGCAGACCCUGGUCAUAUCCCACGAGGCAGACCCAGCCUGGAGAAAUGCUGUGCUCUCCAACACACCGUCGUUGUUAGCCCUCAGGCACGUGUUUGAUGAAGGAUCUGACGAAUACAAGAUAAUCAUGUUGAACAAGAGAUACCUCAGCUUCAGGAUAGUUAAGGUAAAUCGUGAAUGUGUACGAGGGCUUUGGGCGGGGCAACAGCAGGAACUGAUCUACUUGAGGAACCGCAAUCCCGAGAGAGGGAGCAUACAGAAUGCCAAACAGGCCCUUCGUAAUAUGAUCAACUCCUCGUGUGACCAGCCCAUUGGUUACCCUAUCUACGUGUCGCCACUGACAACCUCCUACUCCUCCACCCACGACCAGAUGGCCUCUGUGCUGGGGGCAGAGUUCACACUUCACCGCGUCAAGCAGUUCGUUCAGGGAGUUUGGAACAGGAUGCGUCGGCGGUGUGGUGCAAGUUGCACCAGUGGCAGCUCCAUGUAUGCAGAUGCAGUUGGUUACACACCCAGCUGUGUGCACGCUGCAACUGUCGCAUCUUCAGGUAUGGGAGGCUCCACCCAGACCAGUGCCUGUGCUACCCCUCACCAUCAGCAGGAUAUCCCCCUCCAGACGUUCGGUAACCGUGGGAGUGUCAUCUCCACCGCUAGCUCAGCCAGCAAGCCCAGCACACUGGCCACCAUCACUGGCUUUAUGGACACCAUAGCCCUGGGCAAGGAGUCCCCACUCUCUCAUAGAGUUCAGAUUAUAGACCCUGGUCAAGUGUAUGACUCCAUCAACUUGGGCCGUAGGAUUGAUGUCCAGUGGCCAGCUGAGGAUUGGAGGAAGAAUGGGGGAAAAAAUGCCUGGUUUGGCUGGGCCCCAGUCAAGGGUAUGGAGGGUUCAGUUGUGCACAAGUGGAUGCCCUGCCAUGCAGACCCUGGAAGACGCUCCCAUGUCGAUAAGACAAUCUUAUUGGUCCAGAUCGGAGAUAAGUUUGUGCCGGUGUCGGAGUCCGGCAUCAUUGAUUUGGGUGCAGAAGUCUGACAUGAAGCAACACAGCAUAUAUGAUAUCUAAGGUUUUAGACUAGCUCCAGUGCUACACAUAAUGUCCUUAGAGUGCUUCAAGCACAUAAUAUUGACUUAUGAAUGUAUUACUAAACUCAGGCUUUAUGUAGCUGGGAAGUUUAUGAGAGAAUUUAUGUUAAAUUUUUGUUGUGUGCUUGUGGAGUAAGUACAUUUGUUUUGGUAGUAUAACGGAGAUUUUAGUUGGGGCCAUUUUGGUUGCAUUCCAUGGAUAUUUCCAUUCUUAAAGGAGGUCGGUGUGAAACAUCAAUACAGAUGUGUGGAGGAAAUGGUUUUAUGAAGUUUUUGGAUUUAGGUGGGGUCAGUAUUAAAAUGGCUUCGACUCCAAACUGAAAUUUAUGUUAUUCUUGUAUAACUCUUGGACCAUUGUAACAUGUGGAAAUUAUUGUACGGAGAGUAUUUGUGUCAGAGUCUUGCCUGUGAAGUGGACAUUAGUUGUUGAAUUCAAUUAUUUCUCUCUUUUUUUUUUGUAACUCAGUUUUUAUAAAUUGUUCCCACCACCGAUAAGUAACACCAGGAAGAUAGUAGUUAUAUUGAAUUAUUUAUGGAUUACAAGGUGGAAGUGACUGGAAAGUUAUGAUAAAAAGCAAAGAUGAAUUUCACAUAAGGUAUUACCUGUAAUAUAUUCAUAAGCUUUAUUGGUAGACAAUCAGAAACAUUUUUAUGCUUGUCAAAAAGGACACUGAGACCAUAGAUAUCAUAUAGAGCUGUGUUGAGUCACAUGGUUCAAGCAGUCAGGCCAUUGGCUGUUGCCGGGAAGUGCUAUAUAAUAUUUAAAUUUUGAAAUAUGAGAAAUUUAUUUUGCCAUCCAUUUUGAGAAAAUCCAGUAUAAACAGAUGCUGGCUAUGAUUACCUUCUUCCCAGACAUUUUUGUACUGUGAACAUAUCAUGUUUAUAAGAAAGGGAGUCCAGCAUGUGGUGUACACAAACAAAGCUGAAGUGCUGAUCGUUACAAACACAAUAUGCGAAAAUAUCUAUGAGAUACAGUUUUGGAAGUCAUUGUUUCUUGCAAGAGCAGGACACACUGUGUAAAAAUAAUAAAGUAACAUUGUUUGAGUUAAAAUAACCCAGCUGUGUUUUGUAUGAUGAAAGAAGAAGUGAUGUAAGAAGUUAAGGAAAGAAAGUCUAGUGUUUCCCUGGAAAAAUAAUAGGUGGUUGUGAAGUGUUGUUCUAAACCAGAGAACUGCUGUGACAAAACUUGCGCAGGGUUAUGCCUAACAGCUUCCAUGACGACAUUACCUGUAAGCUGUUACUUUGCUUGGACAACUGAAUGUACUUUAAACUGUGUAUCCUUUUUAAAAGAAUUAUGUAGUCUUCUUUUUAAAUAAUCUUUUGACAAAAGUGUACGUAUACAUUGUUACUAUUAAUGGUCGUGGUUUCCGUUGAGCUGAGCCUGCUUUCUUCCCACCAUAAUGCUGGCUGCCGUUGUGUAAGUGAAAUAUUCUUGAGUAUGGUGUAAAAUAGCAAUCCAAUAAAACCCAGUGGUUUUGUCCAUAUAGCUCUGUACAUCAAAGGCGCAGACAAUUCAACAUUCCUUAUUUUAUUGACACAGCUUGAACAGUAUUGGGCAAAGUUUCACACAUUGUAUUUCAGAAUUGAUGUGCUUUUGUAGAUAAAUAUGUUUCAGGAGACUGCCAUUACAGUGAAAGUGUUUGCUUGUCGCCUGACGUAUGAAUCAUUGUAUGUUUUUAUGCUUUGAGGUCAUUUGUCAUUUAGAACAAAUUCAUAAUGCACAAGUUAAUUUAGGGAUAACUUUUUAUUUGGCCAGAGUUCAUAAGCUGUGUGUAAACAACAGAUAAAUGUCCAAGUAACUAAAAUCUUACCCACUAUUGACAAAAAGUUUGAAAUGCAUUUGUACUAUAAGUGUCAUUAUCCUGUAUCAUACAAAAUAUGCAGUUUUUCAUGGGAGAUGUGUGUGUUUCCAAAUCCUGCAGCUGAUGCCAUGGUUGAUUAAGUUAUAUCCCUUAGCUUAGGCAACUCACUGGCCAGUCCUCUAUGAUGGGUCCUGCAGGAUAAAGUUGUUACGUGGUACUCAGUGACAGGACACGGACAUAUGCGGGCUUAGUAUCCCUCAUCCUGGGCUUAGAAUUAUGUCCAUGUUAAUGACCCUAUGUUAUUCCAUGUUGUCCCACUGAAUAACUGUGUGACUUAAAGGGAUACAGAAUCCAUGUUGAUUGGCUGACAGUUGAGAUAGGGCUUUCUGGGUUAAACCCUGCAGCAUUGGUUAUGCAUGAAUAAAUCUACCUUACCUAAAAUUCAGAUUAAAGUGAACAUAAAGUCUGCCACUAUAUAUACAUAGAAAAAAUGAUAUAGGGACAGUUAUCACACAAAAAUAUGUUAAAAAAGUCUAUAAAGUUUUGAAAGCCGAGAAGAUGAAGGUCAGCGUUGGGGAUAUGGCACUGACGGACAGUUCACUCUGAGUAGCCGUGUUGUAGAAUCCCUUAUAAACUUAGCCAGACACUAGAGCUGGAAGCAUCAUGUGAUAAUUCAAAUUGGCUGUCACGUCAAAAAACCUAUUAGCUCCCGAUUGUCAGUGUUGUUUUUCAAAGUGGAUAGACAGAUAUCGAUGCAAUAAAUUGGAUUUUGCAGUUCGUUUAAAUGUUACACUGAUGCAUUUUGGACCACACAUUGAAGAGCAGGGAACUGAGAACGGCUGCCCGUGUCACAAUGCGUACAUGCUGGACAGGAUACUGCAGUAAUUUGUCAGGAUGAGCUGGCAAGAAAACCACCUCGGGAGAGCCAUUGCGUAAAGAAAUAUUUUGUGACUUUGCAUUGUUUUUCCUUAGCAAAGGACAGCUAUAAAACACAAUACUUGCGUUCAUGAACAUCGCCCUGACUGAGCGCCAAAAUGAAAGAAACAUCAGCCCUUUAAACAUGGAACAGAGCUAACACUCUGGUUGGGUAUCAGGCAUUUUUGUUUGUAAUUUCUCAUUGUUACAUUGUUUAAUACCAAUGGUACGGAAGAACUCCUAGGUUUUAUGUCGUCACUCUAGAUAGCUACAACAUGGCAAAAUGACGUCACCAAAUGAGUGGCUAAGUACUGACGAUGGUUAUUUAUUUUGUUGAUAAGUAGUGUAGAACUUUUUCAAAAUAUUUUUAGAACAUUUCUGAAAUAUUGGUACUACUUUAUUAAUUAAUCCAGUUUUAAUGACUGACUUUAUGUUCACAUUAAGCUGGGCACUUGUCUAUCACAUCAGCCAAUCAGAAUCGAUUCUGUAUGCCUUUAAGGCAGGUGAUAUGUGGUCUUGACAUAAAGGGUGGGCAAAAGUUGUGAAUGUGACUGUGUACAUGUAUUUCUGUGUGAUGGCAUCUGAAGGACUACUCUCAAGUGUUUGGUCUCGCUCUCACUGUUCAUGGGGGAUUUGGUGACAAUUGUUUAACAUAUCUUUACGUCAGCUGUUGAAGGAUUGGUCUGUAACUUGUGCAGAAUUAAUGGUUUACCUGGGUCACCUUCACCCUUCAAACUAGCCGUUAUGUGUAAGGCAUAAACAACAAUGAAAUCAAUAAUGUUUGGUGCAGGUCACCUAUCUUUUUACCAUUUCCAUCAACUCCUGCACAUUUCCAUCAACUCCUGCACAUUAUACUGUAGAAAUAUUCCAGAGAAGUCUGUAAUGUUGUCACUGUGGUAGCUGGUAAACUUUCUGUAUGAAGGGUGUGAAGUUAAUUAGGCAAGGAUUUAGUGCAUUUUUCAGUUAUCUAUGAUUACAAGUGGUUUUGCCCUGAAUAGGUCAGCUAACAUGUGUAUGAUUUUCUUUCUUUUGGUAUUGUACAGUGUAAAUACUCUUGUAUAGCCAUAUCUGCUAAUUUCUAUUUAAGUGGUGUCCGCUCAAUACUGUGAUAUCUUCUGUUUUAUACUUGCCCGAGCUGUGUUUUGUCUCUAAGAGAUGAGUUGUCCUACUGUCAUAAUAUCCCACUAACUCAGUAAGUAUUGGUAUUAUACAACCAGAAUCAUUCUCAAUGAAUGACAAUGCAAAUCGGUCAUACUUUCACUGUGUGAGUGUGAUUUACUGUUGUGCUUAAAAACUUUUCAUAGAAAUUCGAGCAUGUAAGUAAUUGAUUUGAAGGUAUUGCUUUAAAUGAAUGCACUAUUGGUGCACUAACUACAGUAACUGGAGCCUCUUCUAUGUUCAUUUUAUGAAAUGUUUUUUGGAUGUUAUUUUUAUCUUUUAAUGCACCUUAUUAUUAAAGAGGCAUAUGUGGUGGAGAAAAGGUGGAUAUAUCUUUUGUGGGUGGGUGAUGAAACGGGGAUGGUUAUCAGAACAUAUAUAAUGUAGCUUGUAUGUGCAUAUAUGAAAAUCUCAUGGUCUAAUAACUAGCAUGUUGCAGCUAGGAGUAAAUACACUCUAAAGGCUUUGCAGGGACCUAAUAGAAGCAGCUGUUUAGAGAACUGUAAAACCAUAUCUCCAGCCAAGCUCCAAAUUAUGACCCUGUGGAGUACAUGACUGUACUUUGAGCUAGCAUGUGGAAUAAUAAAAUGGCUUUCAUUGUUUCAAUAACUGACUGCAGGAACUCACAUUUAGUGUGAAAAAUUGUUCUUAUCACCAAAACCAUUGUUUAUUUACUCUGCUAUUAAGCCCUAGGGCUUCACAUAAUAUUCUCAGGAAAUCUGAUCGUUUUUAUAUAUCCUCCUGUGAAUGCUUAGAGAAUCUUAGGAGGCUUACUGUGUGGGUGUAUAAGGUGUAAUAUACUGGCUGUUGUUCUACGCAAGUGCACUUCCAGAGUAACAGAUGUAAAUGUUAUGAAGAGGUUAUAUAUAUAUAUAUA